AUGCAGACCAUGUCAUUUCUUAACGAUGCAUCAAUAGACGGUGCGCGGUCUGGGAACGAGUCCGCGCGCAAGAGAAGUCGAGACGAACAAAGCCUCCCACGCGCCAUUGACCGACGACCUUUUACGAUACAAACGGACGCCAACGACCCAUUCGCAAAGCCACAAACAUUUGCGCCUCUAUGCCUACUGUCCCGUGCUCAGCUCCCGCUGGCGUAUUUGGACACAGCCCAGGAUGGAAGCCGCUUGUUCUCAGCUGUGAUUGAACUUCUUGAGACUUGUCAUGAUUACGAAGACGAAGUCAAUGUGCUGAUUGUGGCGGAUGAAAGAGCGGGUAGAAUGUACGCUGUGGAGCGUGUGCAACAGCGUAGGUACGCGCUCUGUCGGUUGGGUACCUGGGUGAAGGAGCACGAAGUUAUGACACGCGCGACGCUGGACGUACGAGCCGAAGAGCCUCCGAAGAAACGAUACGCUUUGCCAGCUGGUGGGCAAGAUCGACCGUGGUGGAUGUCCGCGAGUGUAGAGGUCAAGAAAGAAGGACUCGGAGAGAUUGGAGUGAAAGAGAGCAAGCCAAAGCUACUGAUGCUGAGCGCUGCCAUCUCAGCAGAACCUUCAGCCCUUCUCAACGGAUCUCAAACGGCUGUCCACGACGGUACGGAACCCGUCGAUGGGGCUCCUUCGCUUCUCGAGCCCUCCUCGGCCACCCUCGAGGAGCUGGCGAAGCAAUACAUGGAGACGGUCUAUCUCUCUCGUACUCCGCUGGCCUACUUCGUCAAGGGACCGCUUGCGCGUGCCCGGACCGCGUUCUCCAUGCAGCCCAUGGACCUCAUAUCCUUCCUUCGAGGGGCUAUCAUGCCAUCUCCUGCCAUGGACAAGAAGUUUCGCGAUGUCAUUGCGGACCAUGUGAAAGACCUGCCUGACUUUGACGCAGAGUCUGCCGCAGCGAAACCGAAGCCGCGGAAGAAACGCAAGUGGAAGUCCACGCGCGACAAGUCCGGGCUAUUCGCGGACGAGAAGACCUACAUUGAACGGUGGUGGCGAAAAGAAGAUGAUUUGGAUGGCAUGCCAGGCUCGGCCGAGAGCACUGAAUCCCUGAUGAAGCGCCGCUUGCAGAAGCUGCGCAGUCGAGAGACAUUUCUGCAGAUCAUCGUGAUUCUGGAGACACGAGCUUUGGAAUCCAGUGUUCCCGCUGCAGAUCUAACGCCUGCAUGUGAGGCUCCAGAUACUCAAGCACAAUCUGCGGAGACGCAACCCACGACAGAGGGGAAGAAGCCGAGAAAGAAGAAGGAAAUUGACGUAUCUGCUACCUUGGAAUUGCUAAUCGACCGUCUGGUCAUCUGGCACUCGCUACAACAAUAUUCGCCAGCGAAGACUGGUACCAAUGGCAGUGAAGGUGCAGCUGAAGAAGUGAAUGACGAUCUAAAAACCUUUGCUUCAGAAGUCRUCAUGCCAUUCUACGGAAGUCGAAUACCAGAACUAGCGAACGCUACGAGCGAGAAGCUGGGAGGACCCACAUUGCCCAUUCCUGGUAGGAAGACUUUCGCAGGUCGGAAGAAGCCAGGUGAACCAGCAGAACGACAAGCCCCAGGGAAGAUGCCUCGAAGGCCGCUGGCUAGAGUGUCAACAGAAACUCUCAAUCGUCCCGACAACAGGCCACCGAUGUUGCAUCGUUCUGCCACCGAUUCAUUGGCGCCGCUCAUCAAGCGAGAGCACAGUGAAACACCUGCCGCGCUUGGAAGCAUAACAGCAGCUGAGCCAAGAGGACGACCGGCCAAGGCGGGAUCAUCAAGACGCGUUGAUCUGCUGCAACAAAUGACUGCAAAUCGUCGUGAAGUCGAUCUUACCGCCAUGUCCAAAGUCAAUGAACAGAAAAUGCGCGUGCAGGCCAAGGUUCAGGAACAACUGAACAGUGUCCUCGUUACAUUGAAGAAGCCUAAUAGACAAUUGGCCAAUGAAGAAGUGGCCAAGAGAACGGAUGAAAAGUUCGCACAGGUAGUUGGCAAAGGCAAGACUGGCCAACAAGCACGUAAAGCGACGGGCAGCAGGGUGAUCCAGGCGACCCCGAGAGUCAAAGCUACUCCAGCACAGAAACGACGGACUCAGCAACCCCCAGAAGAAAAGUCUACUUCAAUGGUGCCCUCGUCCACGGCCAGACUGUUCGCCAGGUUCGACGACCACACUAGCAGCAGUGUUACGAUCCCGCAGACUGGUCACAGAAAACGGCACUCCAAUGUCGAAGACACGCCCUCUCGAGGGUUUGCCCAUUUCAUGCCCAAGGAACUUGUAAGACCACCCGGCACUCUAUUGGAGUCCCCUACUGCGAGUCGCUUGGCUCCCAUCGCGGAAACUCCGUCGAGGCCAGUGUCGAGGCCAGAUUUCGCAGCGCCCAUUACGAGUACUCCGGCCAGAGGCAUGGGCUUCGCAGGUCGAUUAGAAGCCAGUCAGUCGAAAUGUGCCACUUCUUCGCGAUCGGCAAAGGAGAAGGGCAAUGGUGUGAGGAACGACAGCAAGACGUUAUAUGCUGAUCUGGGCUGGGAAAGCGAUGAUUACGAAGAACUUGACUGA